AUGAUUGUCGUGAUUGCCAACGACCCAGUUCGGCACUUUGCCCUUUGGCACUGUCUUCACCCACUUGUCGAUCAGGUCUUUAUAGUCCGCCGCUGUAGACUCGUUGGUCAGUCGGGUGAUGAAGUUGAAGUUGAAGGGGAAGGAGCCAAAGUUGUAGUAUUUAAUGGUCAGAUCGUGAUUGGUAUACGCUUCUGUGAAAACGAGCCUCGGGUCAGAUUUCGUGCGAUUCGAGUGCUCGUCCAUCAGCUGCCGCCAGCUUUUCAGCGUUUCGUACGUCUCGUGUUGAUCCACCGUGUAAAUGUGGUUCAAGCUGUCGUAAUCGUCCUUAGGGACGUCGGUUCUGUUCGAUUCCGGCUCGUCCUGCAACUUCGCGUCCUCGAACAUGAAGUUGAUCGCGUCGAUGCGGAAACCGUCGACACCGCGGUCCAUCCAGAACGUGAACACGUUCUUCAUCUCCUGAAUGGCAGAAAUACCAAAAAGACAACGAAGGUUAAAAAAUACUAAUGAAGAAAUGGUAAAUUGGUUAAAACUAUGAUGGAUGCAAUUUUUGAGAACAGAACUCUAUAAAACAUCAAUGGGCGAGGAUUCACUAUUCAAAAUUCUGGAUUUACACCGCUAUUAUAUAAUAUUGAAUUGACACCGCUGUACAAAAAUGUAAGACAUGUAAUCGCAACACUGAAGUACAACAGAUGUAAAUGGAUUUAUUACACACCAUAAUUAUUUUAAAUCCCUCCCGCAUACGCAAAAUGGUGGAAGAAUGAAUUACAAAUUACGAAGUAUUAUUUGAACGUAACAUUUCUUACUUUAACUUUUUUCAUCUUAAUCUUAUUUUUUUUUCAACGGUGACUUGUGCCUUUUUAAAGAUUAAAAAUGUUAUCUCAAGUCCAUUUAUAGCCAUAAGAACGUGUUAUUUUCUAAUUAUUUCCUAUAAUGUUCAUCACACUCAAGAAACAUUAUACUACCAUGUUUACCAAUAUUCUUUUAAAUUUAUCAAAUUAUUCACCACUUUCAAGAUGAACUAUUAAGAAAUAAGUUUGCUUGCCUGAUUCAAGUCCGCGUUGCGAU